CACCCCCCUGCCGCUUCCCCCGGCCUCCCCGCCGCCGCAGCGCCUGGCCGGCGGCCGCAGCCAUGAACCCCUUAUUCGGCCCCAACCUCUUUCUGCUGCCGCAGGAGCAGGCGGGCCUGGGGGGCGCCGCGGAGCAGCCGCCGCCGCCGCCGCUCUUCGCCUUCGAUUUCCCGGACGGGGAGCUGGCCCCGCCGGCUUCCCUGAGCGGCAGCGGGGCCCCCUUCGCGGCGGCGCCCCCGGCCGCCAUGGCGCUGCGCAACGACCUGGGCUCCAACAUCAACGUGCUCAAGACCCUCAACCUGCGCUUCCGAUGCUUCCUGGCCAAGGUCCACGAGCUGGAGCGCCGCAACCGGCAGCUGGAGAAGCAGCUCCAGCAGGCCCUCAACGAAGGCGGGCCCCGACGGGGCGGCGGGCAGCGGCGCGACCAGGCCGUCCAGACCGGCUUCGUUAGCCCUAUCCGCCCUCUGGGCUUGGCGCUGACCGCCACUAGCGGCGCCCGGCCGGUGGGCUUCGGUUGCGCGCCGUCCAGGGGGCCCAGCUCCCCCAGUUGCCACCCGCCGGGAGCCCCGCUGACGCCUACCUCGGCCGCAGCCGCUUCCUUGCCCGGCGGCGCCUUCUCGGCCUCCUCGCGCUUCUUGCCCGGCACCAUCUGGUCCUUCUCGCAGGCUCGACGGCUGGGGCCCGGCCUGGAGACCACCCUGGUGCAAGGGCCCGGCGUCUCCUGGGUCCACCCCGACGGCGUGGGCGUGCAGAUAGACACCAUCACGCCCGAGAUCCGGGCGCUCUACAACGUCCUGGCCAAGGUGAAGAGGGAACGGGACGAGUAUAAGCGCAGGUGGGAAGAGGAGUACACGUUGCGUGUUCAGCUGCAAGACCAGGUCACAGAGCUCAAUGAGGAGGCUCAAGAAGCCGAAGCCUGUCAGGAGGAGCUGGCCAUGAAGGUGGAGCAGCUCAAAGCGGAACUGGUGGUCUUCAAGGGGCUGAUGAGUAACAACCUUACAGAGCUAGAUACCAAGAUUCAGGAAAAGGCCAUGAAGGUAGACAUGGACAUUUGCCGGCGCAUAGACAUCACAGCGAAGCUGUGUGACGUGGCCCAGCAGCGGAACUGCGAGGACAUGAUCAAAAUGUUUCAGAAGCAGUUGUCUCUGCACUUAUCUCCCAUUAAGGUCCCAGCUACGAUGGGCCGGAAGCGGGACCGGAAGCUGGUCAGCGAUGAAGACACUUCCCUGUCGGAGAGCGAGUCCUCCAAAAAACACGAGGAGGAGGAGGAAGACGAGACCACGGCCAUGAGCAUAAACGAAGAGAUGCAAAGGAUGCUGAACCAGCUGAGGGAAUACGAUUUCGAAGAUGACUGCGAUAGCCUUACCUGGGAGGAGACAGAAGAGACGCUGCUGCUCUGGGAGGACUUCUCCGGCUACGCCAUUGCUGCUGCGGAAGCCCAGGGGGAGCAGCCGGACGACAGUUUGGAGAAAGUGAUCAAGGACACGGAAUCACUCUUCAAGAGCAGGGAGAAAGAAUAUCAGGAAACCAUUGACCAGAUAGAGCUGGAGUUGGCGACAGCCAAAAACGACAUGAACCGGCAUCUUCACGAGUACAUGGAGAUGUGUAGCAUGAAGCGCGGGCUGGACGUGCAGAUGGAGACCUGCCGUCGGCUCAUCACCCAGUCUGGAGACAGAAAGUCUCCUGCUUUCCCUCUGGUACCGAACAGUGAAUCGGCCCCAAGCGAGGAGACGGAGGAGUCCGAUCAUGACCUCCCGAGUGACGCUUCCAUAAGAUAAUGGUGGGGGGAGGCUGUGCCCCUUCCCUCUGCGCUGCCCCCUCCUGGCCCAGGAGGUGUUGGCGGCGGGGGAAGUCAUGGCCAAAGGGGACAAGGAGCUGUCCUGUAGAGUUCCGCCACUGAGUCCUCCGCGCCUGGAGGUGGAGCUAGAGAGCUGCCCUCGAAGGGGUCUGGUGUCCUUAUUCUUCUCCCAUCCGACCAUCUCCUUAUCCUGCUCUCCCCAUCCUGCCCCUGGGCCUUACGGGGGAGGAGGAACACGUCCGCCUUAACUGCAGCUGGGAACCACCUGGGGGGCCUAGUGAAUCCCCCCCCUUCCUUACCUCCUCUUAGUAUACGUGACUGUCCUCCUCAUGUGCCAAGAAGCGGCACCAGGCCAAAAAACUGAACCUUCUGUGGUGCCAGUCGGACUCUCCGUGUGACUCUCCUCGCUCACGGAACACGUCUGUAGUCUUUGAAUUGUACAAGAUAGCGAGAGCCUCUCCUUUUGGGGAUGAAGACCAAGCUUUUGCUGCCUCCCCCCACCCCACCACUGCCCCAGCUCCAUCCUUUGCAUUUUUGCUUAGUUCUUUGGUCUGUGGCACAAACGUCGUCUGUGAUGUGCUAUGUCUGGCAAUGAAUCAAUAAAAUGGGUCACUUCUUUUUCUACA